CCUUGCCCUUCUUCCUGAGAACCUGAGGUGUUCAGGCCCUGGAGGGGCGUGUAAGGAGAGGCUGAGAAGGUGCCUCCCAAGGGCCUGAAGAGUCGGCCCUGGGCGGGUCUGGAGGUAAAUGUGUAACGGACCCGGUGCCCCCACCCGACCUGCCUGGUCACGUGGGUCCAGUGGGGCAAAGUCUCCUGGUCGGGCGCAAGGAGCAGAGGCGAGAUGGGCGCCCUGGGCCGGGUCCUGCUGUGGCUGCAGCUCUGCGCACUGACCCAUGCAGCCUCCAAACUCUGGGUCCCCAACACGGACUUCGAGGUCGCAGCCAACUGGAGCCAGAACCGCACCCCGUGCGCCGGCGCCGCCGUCGAGUUCCCGGCGGACAAGAUGGUGUCAGUCCUGGUGGGAGAAGGUCAUGCCGUCUCAGACAUGCUCCUGCCGCUGGAUGGGGAACUCGUCCUGGCUUCAGGAGCCGGAUUCGGCGUCUCAGACGUGGGCUCGCACCCGGACUGUGGCGCGGGCGACCCUGCGGUCUUCCGCGACUCUGACCGCUUCUCCUGGCAUGACCCGCACCUGUGGCGCUCCGGGGACGAGGCACCUGGUCUCUUCUCCGUGGACGCCGAGCGCGUGCCCUGCCGUCACGACGACGUCUUCUUUCCGCCCAGUGCCUCCUUCCGCGUGGGGCUCCGCCCUGGCGCUAGCCCCGUGCGUGUCCGCAGCAUCUCGGCUCUGGGCCGGACGUUCACGCGCGACGAGGACCUGGCUGCUUUCCUGGCGUCCCGCGCGGGCCGCCUACGCUUCCACGGGCCGGGCGCUCUGAGCGUGGGCCCCGAAGACUGCGCGGACCCGUCGGGCUGCGUCUGCGGCAACGCGGAGGCGCAGCCGUGGAUCUGCGCGGAUCUGCUCCAGUCCCUGGGCGGCCGCUGCCCCCAGGCCGCCUGCCAUGGUGCCCUCCGACCCCAGGGGCAGUGCUGUGACCUCUGUGGAGCUGUUGUGUUGCUGACCCACGGUCCCGCAUUUGACCUGGAGCGGUACCGGGCGAGGAUACUGGACACCUUCCUGGGCCUGCCUCAGUACCACGGGCUGCAGGUGGCCGUGUCCAAGGUGCCACGCUCGCCCCUGCUCCGCGAGGCCAAUACGGAGAUCCAGGUGGUGCUGGUGGAGACCGGGCCCGAGACGGGCGGCGCCGGGCGGCUGGCCCGGGCCCUCCUGGCGGACGUCGCCGAGCACGGCGAGGCCCUCGGCGUCCUGGAGGCGACCAUGCGGGAGUCGGGCGCACAUGUCUGGGACAGUUCCGCGGCUGGGCUGGCGGGAGGCGUGGCGGCUGCGCUGCUGCUGGCGCUGCUGGUCCUGCUGUUGGCGCCGCCGCUGCUGCGCCGCGCGGGGAGGCUGAGGUGGAGGAGGCGCCAGGAGGCGGCCCCGGCCGGGGCGCCCCCCGGAUUCCACAACCCGGUGUUCGAUGUGAAGGCCUCCGAGGAGCUGCCCCUGCCGCGACCGCUCAGCCUGGUUCCGAAGGCUGCCGCAGACAGCACGAGCCACAGUUACUUCGUUAACCCGCUGUUCGCCGGGGCUGAGGCCGAGGCCUGAACGGCCGCCUGACAGUCAAACUUGGGGCUCCCCACCCCCUCUGGCCCCAGAACCUCCCCGAUCCCAGUCGAUCUGGGGGCUAGCCACCCCCUCGUCCAGCCCCCAAACCUCCCCUUCCUUACCCCCUCCUCCGGAAGCCAAGGACAGGGUGGCCUUACUCAAUAAAGGUGUUUCCUGCACCUGCUUCAGCCUGGACAUGCCGCCCCUGGCCCCGCCCAUGAGGACUGGGAACCCAGUCUUGCGCCCCAGUCGCACCCGGUGGACAUGGGAAGGGUCUAGCUGGCUACUGCUGGAGGCAGCGCUGGUCACCACCUGGGCGGCCAGAGGCUGGGGUCUGUGAAGGUGAACCCAGGACUAGGAGGGGGGUCUUCCCCCGCCUUCCAUUGGAGGGAGGGUGAGGAGCUGGAGGGAGGAGUGGGAGAGAGGCAAGGGGUGGAGGGAGCCAAAGGCUAUGCCUGGUGGGGCGGAUGGAAAAGGGGUGGGCACCCCUCCUGGCACCAAGUUGCUGGAUGCGUCACACUGCGAAGGCAGAUCAUAUGGGGUCACCCAUGUGCAAACGUGUACCACUGCACUGACAGACAAGGGCCUGACCCUAUGUGUGCAGCUGCAACUGUGGCACAGUGACCACUUCUGUGAAACCAGUAUCUGGGGCUGGAGAUGUCACCGGCAUCCCCAGUCAGGGCCUGGCCCCCACUCGGAAUCUUCUGCCCAAGGGCCCAGCUUAGCCACCAGGACACAUGCUGUAACCCAGAUCAGGGCGCCAUGCUGCCAGGUGCGUCUGUGUUGUGGUUGGAAAGUGUCACUCUGGGUGCUGUGCGGUGUCCCGCUGAGUGACCACCACAGUUCACGCGUGUGCUCCAACAGCUACCAUCUUGCAUUUAAAAAAGUGGCCGACACUCCCACAGGCACUUUUCAGCCACAAUUUUCUUUAGUGUCAGGUGCAAACUGGAGAGCAAGCCUGAGCUAACCGGACAUCACCUGCCGCCCGCUGCUCACCCCACUCAUAGAUGCGACUGUGCUGGCAGGGACCUACCCCUGGUGUGGACUAUGGAAGGAGAGAUGCUCUGGGCUUCCAGGGGAGCUGCUUGCUGCAGCAGCAGCCCAGGCCAUGCUGCCUGGCACAGAGCUGCAAGGUCCCAAGUGGCCCCGCUGAGUGCUGGGCUGCCUGCCCUGGCUUGCAGUCUCCUCCCCAGUCCGCACUCUUCUGCAGGGGCCGGCACUGCCCUUAUCCUACCAAGGACAACUAGGUCUCAGUGAGUGGCAAAGGCAUGCCAACUGCGUGCAUAACUCGGGAAACUGACUCUGAGCAACCUCUCAACCAGGGACCACUCACCCUGACCCAGGCCUCCCCAAGAGCUCCUGCCUCUUCCUGGGGCCUCUGGCCUGCCCCAUCCUGUCCCUUGGGGCUGCUGGCGGGGUUAGCAUGUAUGGACGUGGACAUAAAGACCCUCCCGGGCAGCUCCCUCCUGGGGCCCUGGCGCUGCCUGGCUGGGGCUCACAGGCACGCCGCCUUCCUCCCACCCUUCACUCCUGCCCCAAGGAUGCCCUCUGCUCAGACUGAAUACACCAACAGCAACCUUUUGUGUGACCUCCGAGUGAGUUACCCAGAAUAGCUUCUGCUGGUAAGGUGAAGCUUCACUGCCUUUUGGAGCCCAGGCACUUCUGGGGCCCAGACACACGGGUUACAUGUUAUCACACCCAGACACACGGGCGACACGCCAUCACACCCAGACACACGGGCGACACGCCCUCACACCCGGACACACGGGCGGCACGCUCUCACACCCACACGGGUGACACGCUAUCACAUCCAGACGGACCACUGGGAACUUUAAAACUGCCGUCUUCUGCUUUAUUGACAGGUAAAUUGUUCAAAAAUGUUCUCACGAUUCAAUAAUUACAAAGACUCAGACUUACAUUAAAAAAGUAAAAACCAGAACCCCCCAGGUGCCCAUCCAGCAGAAGGCCCAGGAGGGCAGUGGGGUGGCAGGGCUAGGCGGUGCUGGGCCACUCAGUGCUGACUUGGGGAAGUGCACGUCCUGAACAGCCUUGCCAAGCAGCCGACCGGUGGGAGGACAGGGGAAGCCUGACCCAAGCUGUGGACAAGCUGUGUCUGCCACCACAGUUAAUCACAAGCCUCUGACGACACAGGGCCACAGAGCUGGUCACUCAACAUCUGGUACAAAGAAGGGUGAGGUGAAAUCCACACGCAGGGCAUUGCUGCGCCGUGGGCCAGGGCCAGUGUGCAGGAGUGUGUUGGGUGGGUCUACGUGAUCAUACGGGCUACUAACCACGGGGGCUCCAUGCAGGGGCAGGACUGGUGGGUGGGGGGCGGUGGGGGGUUUUCCAGUGGCUGCUUCAUGGCGCCCUGGGGCUCUGACUCCUCUCAGCCCAGCAGGCCACAGGGCCUGCCUGCACCACGACACUCGCUGGUUUUAUGGCAGGAGGCGGAAGCCGUGGAAGCGAGUGGAAAGCGGAGAGCACAGCUGACUUCACAGUAGGAGAUACUGGUGACACUUCAUGGCUGCGACCCAGAAUGAACUUAACGCACACAGGGACGCAGGGUGUCACUGGUCCUGGGCCUCUGUCCAUGACUAAGUGGUCAGCAGGACUUCUGCAGCUGACUCCAAUGGCUAAAUGAAAAAAAGGCCACAAACUAACCUCCACUUUCCUCUGUCUUCAAAAUUCUAGUGACACUGGGAAUGCUAUAUGAUCUCCUACUAUUCUCCUAAGGUGCUAGGGAAGUUUCAGGAACUAGGGAAAAGACUGGGUACUGAGGCUGUGUCCCCAGAUGUCUGCUUCCGAAGCAGCCGCGUCAUGACGGGUUUCUGCUGAGGAAGUGGCGUUGGCAGGGCCCCACACGCCUUCUCGGGUUGUCAGGGGUGGGAGAGAGGCUGUAUGGGGGUCCUUCAUGUGCAGACGGAACAGUGUCGCCUCAUAGCUGUGCAGACGAACAGAUGUGGUCUACUGCCACGAACAAUGCGGCAUAAAACUGAUCAAUAUUAUAAUAAAGAUUUGUCUUCUUCAUCUCCA